GAGAUUUCUAGGGUCCGAGAAGAGGCACCAGGGGCUGGACUUGGUCUGCCCCUUUCCCUUUCACCCACAUCAGAGACAGAUCUCAGGUGUGCCUUAUGUAACUGGAUUUUGAUCAGGGCUCGUUUGAAGACAUCUCUAAAAGCCUUGCUUCUCCCCCUACCCCCCAACUUAAUAUUUUCUCUCCCCCGCUGUUCUUGCCAAGGACGCUUGGACUAAAGAUUGAGACAGCUGACGGCUGGAUCUGACUUGUCUGCUCCUGGCGAGAUCCCAGCCUGCCAUGAAGUGGUAUCUCAUCUUUGCACUCAUGAGUGCAGCUGGAGUCAUUCCGGCCCAAGAUUCCAACACUGAGAAGAUGUACGUAGCAGAAGAUUUUACUAUUCCUUACAUGGUCUAUCUUCAGUCCUUCCCGGAACCCUGUGUGGGGUCUCUCAUUCACCCUGAGUGGGUACUGACCGCUGCUCACUGCCCCUUACCUGUUAAAAUCCGAUUGGGAGUUUAUCAACCCAACAUCAAAAAUAAGGAAGAGCAGGUACGGAAUUACUCAAUGACGGUGCCCUACCCUGAAUUCAACGCAGGAUCUCUGAACAAUGACUUGGUGAUGAUAAAACUGUCUAAGCCUGCUGCACUCAACAACCAAGUGGGAACCAUAGCCAUAGCUAUGGAACCCUUAUCAUUUAAUGAUUCCUGCUUUAUCCCAACCUGGACCUGGAGUAAAUAUAAAAACCUUAGUGACCCUGACAUGCUGACUUGGAUAAACCAAUAUACUGUUCCCUACGAUGAGUGCCAGAAUAUGCAAGAUGAAAGAAUGGCAAUAAACAUCAUGUGUGUGGGACAACCUCUAAAGACCUUAUCUGAAAAUAAGGAAGUCUCAGCAGCUCCAGCCAUCUGCGGUGGGAGGUUGCAUGGCAUCUUGACUUGGGCAAAAGGAAGUGUCACCCUGGGAAGUGAAGGAUUCUUCACAGAAGUUAAUCCUUAUGCAAGAUGGCUCAUGAGCGUCAUUGAAAGCCACUGAGGCUCCUCUGUUCCUCCAUCCCUUCAGUGCAGUACCUUCUUGAUUUCUACACUGGAUCCACAACUCUAUCUUUCUUGUUCUUGAACAGAAUUCAUUAAAAAAAAA